AUGGGGGCAGCCAUAUCCCAGGGCGCCCUCAUCGCCAUCGUCUGCAACGGCCUGGUAGGCUUCUUGCUACUGCUCCUCUGGGUCAUUCUCUGCUGGGCCUGCCACUCCCGCUCUGCUGAUAUCGACUCGCUCUCUGAAUCCAGUCCCAACUCCAGCCCUGGUCCCUGCCCCGAGAAGGCACCCCCACCCCAGAAACCCAGCCAUGAAGGCAGCUACCUACUGCAGCCCUGA